CCCCUGUCCACCAGCCAGUCCAAGGUGCCGGCGCCGGAGAAGCUCGGUCCACGCCUUUUUUGUUGGGCGUGGUUGCGGCGGCUUGGCCAAAGUCUGAUAGCUUGGGUUUGUUGUCAAGAUAGACAUGGGAAAGGGGCAACCCAAUCCAGGGGCGGCAGCAUUGGCAGGAGCACACUAGACUGUGGGACUGGCGUGGUGGCAGGAUUGGCAGGUCCCUUGGUUCCGUCCCUACCUGUGUUUUUCUGCUGAGAAUGGAAUCACCUGGCACCCCAAAAAGUGACCCCAGCCUUCUGGACCUCUCGAUGGGAGUCAAGAAGAAGAGAUCUCGCUGGCACAAACGGCGCCAACAAACAGCGGUGAAAAGGGGGCCAAAGUUGGGGUUGGGUCGUGGGACGAGAUGGCCUCUGCCAAAGUGGAAAGAUAGUUAGGACGACACGCGCUAACCCCAAACCUACCCCUCCGUAGGCAGGAAGAAGCACAGGCACUUUUUGACGCCAGGACCCCCAAUCUCUCAAAGCAACCCCUCCCCUGAACGGGACACGGCAAUCUUCUCUUCCUUCUUUUUCCCUCCAGCUUUCUUGCCCUUCUCUCCUCUUCCUCUCCUCCUCCGUUACUUCCCCCUCCUCACUUCCCUCAAUCCCCCCUUGACCUUCAUCGCCAGGCCCCAAUUGCCCGCACAAGAUGGCUACCCGUCCCCAGAACAUUGGCAUUAAGGCCAUCGAAAUCUACUUCCCCAGCCAGUAUGUGGAGCAAUCCGAGCUCGAAAAGUUCGAUGGCGUUAGCACGGGCAAGUACACCAUCGGUCUUGGCCAGACCAAGAUGGCUUUCUGCGACGAUCGUGAGGACAUCUACUCUCUUGCCUUGACUGCCGUCUCUCGCCUCCUCAAGAACUACGAGAUCGACACCAACACAAUCGGCCGCCUCGAGGUCGGUACCGAAACUCUUCUCGACAAGUCCAAGUCCGUCAAGUCUGUCCUGAUGCAGCUUUUCGGCGAGAACACCAACAUCGAGGGUGUUGACACCAUCAACGCCUGCUACGGUGGUACCAACGCCUUCUUCAACUCCGUCAACUGGAUCGAGUCUUCCGCUUGGGACGGCCGUGACGCAAUUGUCGUCGCCGGUGAUAUCGCCCUCUACGCCAAGGGUAAUGCCCGCCCUACCGGUGGUGCUGGCUGUGUCGCCAUGCUUGUUGGCCCUAACGCCCCUAUUGCCGUCGAGCCCGGUCUCCGCGGCAGCUACAUGGCCCACGCCUACGAUUUCUACAAGCCCGACUUGACCAGCGAGUACCCCUACGUCGAUGGCCACUACUCCGUCAACUGCUACACCGAGGCUCUUGACGGCGCAUACCGCGCCUACAACCAGCGCGAGAAGCUCCUCACCAAUGGUGUUAACGGCCACUCUGAGGAUAGCACCAAGACCCCCUUGGACCGCUUCGACUACCUUGCCUUCCACGCCCCUACCUGCAAGCUCGUUCAGAAGUCGUAUGCUCGCCUCCUCUACCACGACUACCUCGCCAACCCCGAGAGCCCCGUCUUCGCCGACGUUCCUCCCGAGGUUCGCGACAUGGACUACAAGAAGUCCCUGACCGACAAGGUCGUUGAGAAGACCUUCAUGACUCUCACCAAGAAGCGCUUCCAGGAACGCGUCAACCCCGCCAUCCAGGUCCCUACCCUCUGCGGCAACAUGUACUGCGGUAGCGUCUGGGGCGGUCUCGCCUCCAUCAUUGGCCACGUCGACAGCGCCCAACUUGAGGGCAAGAGGAUAGGUCUCUUCUCUUACGGCUCCGGUCUCGCUGCCUCUUUCUGCUCUUUCCGCGUUACUGGCAGCACCGAGAAGCUUGCCAAGACUCUUAACCUCCCCGCCAGACUUGCGGCUCGCCGGGCCGUUCCCCCUGAGUCUUACGAUGCUAUGUGCGACCUUCGCAAGCAGGCCCAUCUCCAGAAGAACUACACCCCCAAGGGUGAGGUCUCUACUCUCGAGCCCGGCACUUACUACCUCGAAAACGUUGAUGACAUGUUCAAGAGGACAUACUCCAUCAAGGCUUAAACGUCCUUCACUAAGGAAAAAGGAAGGGAGGAAUUCGCAUUAUACCACUAUACACUAAUAAGGAUGGCGGGGGGUCAGGCAUUGAGAGUUGGAGACGACGACGAUUUCACGUACACUUUGUCAUGACUUUAUGGAGCAAGUGAAACCAGAAGUCCGGAUGUCUAACUGCUAGAACUGGGAAGGUUCAGGCAAAGGGGUUGCUGGUAUGAUAUCCAAACGGGCUCUAGAAAGAGAGAUUUGGGAAGGAAAGGGAAAUAAAGGGAAAGACAGGAAGAAAACAAGCAAAGGCUUAAGGGCAAGAAAGCUUUGCGAUUCUUCUUACAUAUUACACAUACACCUUAUACUAAUACUCAUCGGCGAUCAUGGGCCGGUUGAUGGCUCAUGAGGACCGGGGAUUUUAUGUGAAUAUACAUGGUACAUGAUAUAAUUUGGUCAAGCUCAUUAUUGAAGACGUUUGCACGCAUGUUGAUGUAGUGGACCUAUGGUUAAUGAUUUCUGAAAAAAGAGAGAAAAAAAGGCACCAAGCACAGGCAUGUAUUGAGAAUUGUUCGUUACUUUCAUCCAAUUCAAGUAAAC